AGACGUAUUUUCAGUUGGCAAACGAUACGAAAAGCGAACGCAUUUCAGCGUAUAAAGUCGAACAUUCGAAAAUAAAAGUGUGCUCAGACAGUUCUUUAUUGGCCAGUUCAGAUUGUUGCCGCUGCUGUUGUUAUUGUUGCACUGUGUUGCUGUUGUUGUUGUUGUUGUUAUUCAAAGUGUUAUCGAAAACUAAGCGAGCUGCAAAAACAAAUUGAAAAGCGCUAAAAUUAAUUGGCCCAUGUUACGGGCUCGCAACGAUUUCCAUUCAACGCGUCCGGCUGAUUUAGUUGUGUAAAGCACCUCGCUAACGUCGAUUGUGCGAAUAAUUAUUGUGCGGACAUUUAUUAUAGGCAAUCAGUCACGAUGUACGGGCGUCCAUCCACGGGCAUUAAGAACUUUGAUUCCCUGAAAACCUGGGCYAACUGGGCAGGUGCUCUCGGCGUGGUGCAAGCUGUCAUAUGGAUAGGCCUGACGAUAACUGCAAUCAUUGCAUAUAGCUGCAACAUUUACAUCGCGGAGACCAUGAACUAUGGCAACUUCGUGAAGGUCAUCUUCUUCGAUGUCUACUUCCAUGGCAGCUGCAAGAUGUCCCUGGAAGCCUACCAGAACUACAAUCGUACCUUGAUCGACAGCGUUGAUACCGUCUUCGAUCCCACACAGCUGCUCGUCUGGGACUGCGUGUACCUUGGCCUAUCCGCCUGCUGGUUCAUUGUGUCCAUUCUGCUCUUGACAGCCCUGAACAARGACARUGUGCAGCAGACGUUGAGCGUGAUCUACAGCUGGGCCUUCUUUGUGGGCUCGAUCUGUGCCAUGGACCUGGUGGCCGGCGUCAUCUUCGGCGUUGACUUUAGCCGCUUCCAUGCGCGGGCGUCCGAGUUCAAUGCGAACAGCAUCAAUUCCGGUUACGUGGAUCCCAAUGCGCCGCAGCUCGUUGCUGGGGGCGUGGCAGCCAUCUCAAUGAUGCUGAUCGCGUUCAAGGGCUUCAUCAUGUGGCUGAUCAAUGUGUAUUUGCUCAGCUAU